CUCUCCCUUACUCCCUCUCAGGCAAGUCCUAAGCUCUCCCUCUCUAUCUCUGUCCUCUUAUUUAUAUCGAGGAGCUUUGAAGAGACAACUCUUUAUUGUUGAACAGGAUAUACAUGUUGUGGAUGUGGAUUUUAAAGGGAUAUUUCUGACAUUUCAUAGUGAGAAGAGUCAAGGCUGCAUUUGAGUCUUGAUUCACCUAAAGGAGCUACUGUCAAUCCCAGAGGAACUUCAUUAUCAGUUCAUAUUUAUUCUUCUCAUCCCUUGAAACGAGAAUGGAGCUACAGAAAAUGAAUGGCCAUCAGAGCAUGGAUGGGUUUGAUGGGCUGGAGAGCGUGGCAGAGCGGGAUGAGUUCCUGCCUCACAAGAGUGGAGGGAAGAAGGAAUCCCACUUCACAGAUUUUGAGGGGAAGACUUCCUUUGGCAUGUCCAUUUUCAACCUCAGCAAUGCUAUCAUGGGCAGUGGGAUUCUGGGACUGGCGUAUGGUAUGGCAAAUACUGGAAUCUUCCUGUUCAUCGUCCUGUUGACAUUCAUCGCUAUUCUAUCAGCAUAUUCCAUCCACCUCCUCCUAAAAUGUGCAGGAGUUGUAGGAAUACGUGCUUAUGAGCAACUGGGGAACCGGGCGUUUGGAUCGCCAGGCAAAGUUGUGGCUGCUGUUAUCAUAACGGUGCACAACAUUGGAGCCAUGUCCAGCUACCUCUUCAUUGUGAAAUCUGAGCUUCCACUGGUGAUUCAGGCCUUCCUUGGCCAGCAUGAAAACACAGGAGAGUGGUUCUUGCAAGGAAAUUAUCUGAUCAUCAUCGUAAGCGCCUGCAUCAUCUUUCCACUUGCACUCAUGCGACAGCUCGGUUACCUGGGCUACACCAGUGGAUUCUCCCUCUCCUGCAUGGUCUUCUUCCUGAUCUCGGUGAUCUACAAGAAGUUCCAAAUCCCCUGUCCACUGGAGAAUAUCUAUACCAAUAGCAGUCUUUCGAAUCACUCCUUUCAUGAUCACUCUGUCAACAAAACCGAAGAGGAUUCUUGUCAAGCCAAGCUGAUAACCAUCAACCCAGAGACAGCCUACACCAUUCCCAUCUUGGCUUUCGCCUUUGUCUGUCACCCAGAGGUGCUGCCCAUUUACACAGAACUACGAGAUGCUACCAAGAAACGCAUGCAGACCGUGGCCAACAUAUCCAUCCUGGCAAUGUUUGUAAUGUACUUGAUAACUGCUCUCUUUGGUUACCUCACCUUUUACGUCGCAGUAGAGUCAGAACUCCUUCACACCUACAGUUCUGUUGACCCAUUGGAUACACUGAUCCUGUGUGUCCGUCUGGCUGUGCUGGUCGCCGUCACCCUGACUGUUCCAGUGGUGCUCUUCCCAAUCCGCAGGGCUCUUCUCCAGCUGCUGUUCCCUGAGAAGCCCUUCCACUGGGCCAGACACAUCUGCAUUGCCAUCUGCCUCCUCUUCAUCGUCAACCUGCUCGUCAUCUUUGUGCCCAACAUCCGAGACAUCUUCGGUCUCAUAGGAGCCACCUCUGCACCUACCCUCAUCUUCAUCCUCCCUGGAAUCUUCUACAUCCGGAUCAUUCCGCAAGAACAGGAACCUUUAAAAUCCAGACCAAAGAUUCAGGCUGCAUGUUUUACUGCAUUAGGGUUUGUCUUCAUGGUGAUGAGCCUAUCCUUCAUUAUCUUUGAGUGGGUGACUGGACAGGCACGGAGCAGAGGUGGGCACUAGCAGCUGAGACUCCCAGACAGUAGAGACAUGCCAAGCCAAGCACUCCCAGUCAUCCGAUUCACCCCAUACCUACCCUGUGACAAACCAAAGCCUAAGUACAACACUAGCAGAAAAAUGGGAAGAACAUGUUCCCCUCAAGAAAAACAGCACUCCUGUGUGGGGAACGGCUGCAGUUCAGAGGGGUUAUCACACAUCCAGCAGCACACAGAGGUUUGGUUAUCAGAUAGCCAGUGCAGUAAAAAGAUAGUAGACAGUAUAUAGAAUAUAUUUAGGGAACCAAUACAAUUUUUGAUUUUCAGGAACAGGUUAUGAGGCACUAGUCAAGUUUCUGGAGAGCUGACAACCUAAAUCAUGAAUGAUGUGAUUUUUUACACAAGAACAACUGAAGUGUAAUUUCAGUUUUAUAAUGGUGCAGAAUAUUUGUAUAGGUGUACCCACAAAUGGCUCCACCAUUGCCAAAGUAUGUCCGAUGUAAAAUCUACCUCCCUUUAAAUAACUGUUUUCACACAGAAAGAAUAUUUAUUACAAGUUCAAAGUCAAAUUUGUUAUUUAGGUCUCGUAUAUACAACUCUCCCUGACUUUCCAUGAAUUGUGUUAUUGUUAUUUGAUACUUUAUGCUUCAAAGACCUUUCCAUUUGAUCUGCUGUAUCUGUCCAAAUUCAACCAUAACACAAUCAACAUGUGUAGCUUUACCUGUAUGAUUACCGCCUCCCGUUAUGGACUACUGAAGUAGAGUAACAUUUGUUUGGAUGUUUAUAUUUUGGUCCUAUUUGGAAACUUGAAAUCAAUGAUACAUUAGGUGUAUGCUAUUUAUAUUUGCCAUUGUGCUUACAUCAACAUCCCUAAAUACUGUUACCACUGCAGAUAUUACAGGAAUUUAAUGAAUUGCAAUGCAACAGGUAUGUCUGUGUGAAAUACUUCUGUCUUUCAACUCAACUAAAGAUUUUUCAGAAGUAAUAAGAUGUUAAACUUAAAGACCUGGCUGUGAAGAUUAGUCCUUGGGGGCACAGCUUUGACCAAAGCCCUCUGAACGGCUUAGAUUAACUAGCUGAGUAUUCAUAGAUAUUCAUGUACUCUAUCAUUCAACAAAACAAGUAUGUGUUUUUUAUUUAGUUUUUUUUCUAUUUUUUCAGUCAACACAAAUGUUAUGAACACAAUGUUUUAACGUGUAUUUAAUUGUAUGUUUAUAAUAAAAAAUCAGUCAAUGUGA